GGAGAGGAAUACGAAUGGUGCGAGCGCUGCACUUCGCGCUCCUAGUGAAAUAAAGCGAUCCAUUCAGCAAACGCCAAACAAGAAGAUAGCGCAUGGUGGCACCAGUCAGAAGCAGGGUUUGAGGGAAACAAACGUGCAGCAGGGAGCUACAACGGUGUCUACCAGUGCGAGGAAGAGGAACGCGUCACUUUCGCCAUUCAAAUCUCCCGCGAAAGCAGCUGCCGGAACUGACUCGACAACCAAAAAUGUGCCCGACCAAGUGGAAAAAGUUCUACGUCGCGUUUUAAAAGAACACGAGGCGGAGCAGAACCAGAGACAGACCGAAAAAAGUCUCUUGAAUGCACCAGCAGUUUAUCAGGGAGAGCCAGGCUUGAAUACGCGGCCUGAAUCAGCCCGAGAAACCGCCUCUGCCCCUGUUCCUUUUCCC